CCCUCCCACAGGUUGAACUACAAGUCCAAGAAAACCAGCAGCAUAACUAAUCUCUUCCCUAAAAAAAAAAAAAAAAAAACUUUUGAGCUAGUGGUCAUGUUCACAGUCCUUAAAAUAAAUAGGGGAACUAAUGAUCUUGUUCACACACUCUUUAAAAUAAGUACGGAAAUAUUCUUAAACCAUGUGGGCUAAUGAUCGUGAUCGAUUGUGCCAAGAACAAUGUCAGAGUUUUGAGGUUCGACGGUCUCCAGUCUCCACCAGCACCACCGUCGCUUCUCUCUCUCUCUCUCUCUCUCUCUAGAUCUGUUGAUCGUGCCCCCCACCUUGAAGAGUUAGAAUAUUUUUCAGUGACAGAGACGUGAGAAGUGGAAGGAACCAAUUAGUCAUUAGGCCGCCGGGUGAUUAUGGAUAGGUCCCUUAUUAGUAUCAUCUAAUUUCUCCAAACAAUGAAGCUUAACCCUCCAUUAAUUAUCUUUCUGUGAAUAACAAUAACUGAAGAAGAAGAAGAAGAACGAAGAAGAAAAAAUGGCGACAGAGACCUCCUCAACUGCUUCUGCUAUACGUAAUCUCCAAGAUACACCCACUUGGGCUGUGGCUUCUGUUUGCUUCUGCCUUGUUCUUCUCUCCAUAAUCCUUGAAAAAACCAUUCAUCUCAUCUCCAAUUGGCUCAAGACAAAUAAGAAGAAAGCACUGGUGGAGGUUGUGGAGAAGCUCAAAUCAGAGCUGAUGCUAUUAGGUUUUAUUUCACUUAUAUUAGCAGCACUGCAAAAACCCAUCUCAAAUAUCUGCAUACCAAGUAAAUAUGGAGAUUCCAUGCUUCCAUGUCCCAAAACUGAAACUCAAACAGGAGAGCAGGUGACCCAGCAUUUCAAGAAGAGUGGAAAUACCUUCCUCUAUGAAGAUGGUCCUUGGCAUCCACAUAGAUUAUUAGCCUCUGAAGGUGGUGGCAGUACUUGCGCUGAUGGAAAGGUUUCUCUGGUGUCCCUAGAAGGAAUACACCAACUGCAUAUCUUCAUCUUUGUGUUAGCAUUCACGCAUCUUCUUUCUAGUCUGCUCACCAUGGCCCUGGGAAGAGCGAAGAUGAGGCGUUGGAAAUCUUGGGAAGAAGAGACUCAUUCGGUGUCCUACCAAGCGGCUAAUCAUCCUGAACGCUUUAGAUUCACAAGGGAAACAACAUUCGCCAGACGGCAUUUGGGUAGUUGGACAAAAUCGUCUGUACUUGUGUGGAUUAAAUGUUUCUUCCGCCAAUUCUUCCACUCUGUAGCAAAAGUUGAUUAUCUCACACUUCGUCAUGGCUUCAUCAAAGCACAUAUGCCCACGAAUCUCAAUUUCAAUUUCCGAAAAUACAUACAGAGGUCCUUGGAUGAUGAUUUCAAAGUAGUAGUGGGUAUCAGCCCCCCUCUGUGGCUGGUGGCUGUUAUACUUCUGCUAGCUGAUGUUAAUGGAUUACAUUUAUAUCUUUGGAUAGCCUUUGUUCCAUUACUAAUAAUACUAUUUAUCGGAACCAAGCUUGAAGUCAUUUUGGCAAGAAUGGCCCUGCAACUCAAAGACCAGACGGCUGUGAUCAUGGGAGCCCCUCUGGUGCACCCUGAUGACAAUCUUUUCUGGUUCAGUAAACCUAGAUUUGUUUUGUUUCUUCUACACUUCACCAUGUUCUUGAAUGCGUUUGAGCUUGCUUUCACUCUCUGGGCAACGUGGCAAUUUGGGAUCAGCACUUGUUACAAUGAGAACAUAGAGGUCGUAAUCGCAAGGGUUUUAUCAGCGUUGAUUGUGCAUAUCAUUUGCAGCUACAUUACACUUCCAAUCUAUGCCCUUGUGACACAGAUGGGUUCCCACUACAAGAGUGCCAUACUAGAAGAGCAAACCAUAGCUUCAUUAAAGAAUUGGUAUGGAAGAGUGAAGAAUAAACAACAAGGAUCAACACAUCAUCCACUAAUGAGUCAUCUUAACCCUGAAAUUGAGAGCAGCAGGAAACCCAGUCCUAUGGAAAUUUCUUCUCGACCGACAACACAACCCACCAGGGCACUUGCAGAAACUCAUUCUCCCCCUGGUGAUGAAAUCAGUGAAGCGAAAAUUGUUCCUUCUGGGGCAGCGGUAGUAGAUUUGUCGGGUUUUGAAGUGAGUCACGAGACACCUUCACAAUUCAGGAAGCAUUGAGUUCUUAUAGCCCAAUGGAUAGAUAGAUUUACAGUUUUCAUACUACCUUGGAUGACAAAUUAUGUACAUGUGAGAAUUAUUUGACCCCCUUGUUUACAUUAAAAUUGAAAAUAGUAUCUUCAUUUGCUGCUAAAACUUGAGGACUGAUCCAAGUUGAUAUGGGUAAUGAAUCUGGGUCAUGGCUUACAUAUAAGUCUUGUAUAGCUGAGCCUAUGUCAUUUUCACUCAAUUAAGAAUUUGGGUCUAAAUGCCCAGGUGGUGUGAUGAAUAACUUUUGGAGAUGUAAAUAUAUUGUUGUAUAGACCCUUCUUUUUAAAUGAAAUUUAAAUUUUAGAUUCUUGAAUCCAAA